AUGCCUUUAGCAGGUGGAAGUGAACCAUGGAGUUCAGCGGUCGAUUUGUUGAGCUUCUUGGGCUAUGCCAACAUGUCCGCGAUGCAGCAAUGCCACAGCAUGCGCUGGCUUGAUGGCCUCCUUAUUGUGGUCCAGACGCAAAGAGCAGGUUGUGCAUGCCAGGACAGCCUUCUUCACCAGUACAACAAUAGUCAAGGCUCCGGCUUGGUUGCCGCGCCUUCUAUGCAGCAGCGGAUCACUCAGAGAUUGCCACAAUUGUCAGGUUCCCUGGAGGGCGAACUGCAGCCCCCUGAGGUGUGGAUAGCUGAAGGCAUCACUUGCUACUACCAGGUUCCGCUGUCACACCUUGAAAAGGGUCUCCGAUACGUGGACUUCCCUUCGACCUCCACAUUCGCCUCGCUCUCCUACCUAGUUCAUCAUGCGUUCUCUCGAAUUGUACACGUACGUGCCAAAGUCUCGAUGGCGACCGAGGCUUACCCGUGA